AUGGCCAUUGAAGGGGCAACUUUUGUCGCUGAGGCCUCACAGGUUCUCACCGAAAAGAACUUGGAAAGGAAUGGACUUACAGGCAAUCCUGUUACCAAAACACCUGGUGGUGGAUUCUCGAUGAUCUUUGGGCCCGACGGCAAGCCACUUGCAGAGCCUAUCGGUGACGGCGAAGAGGGGAUAAUCACGGCUGUGGUCAAUUUGAGAUAUAUUGAUAAGCCCAAGGCUUUCGAUGUUGUUGGGCAUUAUGCGCGUCCUGACCUGCUGAGUCUCAAGGUCAACGAGAAGGUUGCGAAGCAUGUCGUCGUGGAUUAG